AGCCGUCAACUUCAAAUUGUGAGAGGUCCAGAGGGUCGACGCAUCACUAGACGUUCCUCCUGACGAGACCGCGCUUCUGCACCAAGCGAGAGUUAUCGCUGUGAUUGAAAGUGGAUUGCCCUUCUCUCUUGUAAAUCUCCAUCAGAGUUCCUCGGGAGUUGGACAUGUCGUUCUCCCAGCUGGGUUACCCACAGUUUCUAAACGCCUCCCAAGAGAUGUACGGAGCGGAGCGCACGGCUGUCAUGCCGUGCUCUCCGCGCGAGGGAAGCUCGGAGAACAGCGCAAAUUCCGCGACUGCAGCGGCGGCGAUCGCUCCGAUGCUCGGCAUGUACGCGAACCCGUGGACCGUGCAAAACUAUAGCGCCUUCUUACCUUACAACAGUGCCGAGCUGGCCCUCCUCUCUCAGAUGGGGUCGCAGUAUGAGUUGAAGGAUAACCCCGGGGCACAUCCACCAGGAUUUGCGGUCCACGCUGCGCCCGGUUUCUACCCAUACGGCCAGUACCAGUACGGUGAUCCGGCCCGGGCCAAGAGCGCUACCAGAGAGACCACCAGCACACUGAAAGCAUGGCUGCAGGAGCAUAAAAAGAACCCGUAUCCCACCAAGGGCGAGAAGAUCAUGCUGGCCAUCAUCACUAAGAUGACCCUUACGCAGGUGUCCACCUGGUUCGCCAACGCGCGCCGGAGACUCAAGAAGGAGAAUAAAGUGACCUGGGGUCGCAGCGCGGAGGACAGAGACGGACGAAUUUUUGACAGCGACAAUGAGGACGACGCGGACAAAAACGACGACGAGGAAGAAAUUGAUCUAGAGACCAUCGAUAUGGACAAGCCUGAGGAGCCCAGGGGAGACCAGAACAAGGAAAGCUCGGAUAAUCUGAGCGAGAGAGGAAAUGUGGAAACACCGCGGAUAUUAUCCUCACCAUCAGCACUUAAAAACACGGACAGCCCUAUCUCUAAUUGUAGUAAUAAAGAGCAGAGUGUGGCCAAAAGCGUUGGUGAGGUGUCUCCUGGUGCACCGGUGUGUCAGAGGCCUGGGAACAGCAAACCCAAAAUCUGGUCCUUGGCGGAGACGGCGACAAGUCCCGAUAACACGCAGAAACUCGGUGUCUCCUCGACGCCCGCAGGCCUCAGGGCCUCGCCCUCGACCCAUCCCGCUUUCCUCUCCACUAACGGGAUUUAUACAUGCCAGAUUGGGAAACUACACAACUGGGCGAGCGCCGCUUUCCUCAGUGCAAAUUCUUUGAUGGGUGUACGUUCACUUCUGAGUCAAAACAAUAACUUCCCAAACCACAGCCCCGUUACGAACCCCGAAAAGAAACCCUCGUCUGCCUCUGGGUCUCCUUGUCUAGACAGCGACAGCUCAUCCGACAGUUUCAGUCCCAAACAUAAUGAUCAAGAGAACGUUCGGAGAAUUGAAUCUCCAACACUUGCGUCCAGAUCACCGUUUCCAGUCAUCCAUGACAGGUCUCAUCAUGAAACAUCACAACGCGCUCUGAAGACUAUUUCAUGAACACAGAACUUAUCAGAAACCUCUAAAUUAUUUAACGAAACUAAAAUGUGACAGUACAAUAAAAGCAUAUACGUCAUCGGAUAGACCAAAAUAAUUUUUGUAUUUCUUAAUACGCUCCCAUCCUGCAAUAUAUAUAUAUUGUAUUUUCAUUUUAAUUUCAUGUCAUCAUGUUUGAGUUUUCCGUGUAGCUCGCCUCCAUUUCUUUUACAGAGUUAAUAAGAGUUAUUUGUCAGAAAUUGUGAAAAUGAUAUAUUUUUGUGUAAUAAAGAAAAUGAGAUGAAU